UCCCUCCAAACUCUGCCCAUGUGUUCUUAAUUUUUUUUUUUGGUCCCCCUUUUAUAUUUUUAUUCAAUUUGAUUUCCAGUGUAAGAGGGGGAGUUUUAGUAUAGUAUACUCUCACUGUUCAAUAGAUAUUCUUUUCCCUGAAUAAUGGCUAAAGGUCGGAAAUUGACGACGAGUAGGAGCGAGCGAUUUCUCGGUAGCUAUACCUACAAUCAUAGUCAAGGCUCCACCGGGAGCGACUCGUCGGAACUGGGCGAAGAGGAUGUUUGGCCGAUGGUGGAUAGCGUGGAGACGGAAAGGGAAGAAUUCAGCGAAGAGAAUUCAUUGGCCGCCUACGGCGGCGGAGGGAUUAAUAUCAGUCACGGAGGAAUUUCGGUGAGGCGAGGGAGUGGGGUUCCUGUGGAUACACGUGAGCGACACGUUGGCGGGCUGUCGCUGGCAUUUGAAGAUCCGAGUAGGAUGACGUCCGCGAGAAUCGUGCAUCAGUUUCGAGGGAACGACACGGUGGCGUCUCCACGAGGGCGGCAGAUGGCUACAUCAGCGCCCGUGAACGUGCCUGAUUGGAGCAAAAUUCUCCGAGUGGACUCGGUGGAGUCUCUUCAAGAGUUCGACGAGCCAUUGGAUGACCCUGACUCGGAGAUCGUUCCACCACAUGAGUACUUAGCAAGAAGUCGAAAAAAGAACGCGACUUCGGUCUUCGUCGGCGUCGGCCGGACUCUCAAAGGCCGGGACUUGAGACGGGUCCGUGAUGCGGUUUGGAUGCAAACCGGGUUCGAUGGAUAAAACUCUAAAGAAGGAAAAAAAAAAAACCUUGUUAGGGAGGGAGAUUCCUGAUUAUGAAAUCUAGACAUCAAGAUCAACCGAGAAUAUAAUUAAUAUUGUGAAAAUGGGAUGAAUUCUUUCUUUUUUUUUCCCCCUUGAGCCGCAGUUGACCCGGAUUAGUCGGGUAAACCCUGUGGCAACUCAUCAUCCCAGAUUCGUAAGUAUGGUAAAAGAGAUUUUUAUCCGAUUCAAGUAAUUACCCGACCAGUUACUAGAAUGGAAUUUGAAAAACAACCCAUCUGUUUUCA